AUGAACGGAACGGUGCACUACGCUAUGAUAGUUUUACGUGGGACAUCCGGUUGCAAGAUCAUUGCGGAUUAUUCCACAAAUCUAAGCUCGAUCUAUCGUACUAUCGCUCUCAGUACUAUCGAUGGCCUAAAAACUGUCGAGGACGACAAGAUCAGCGUCGAUAACAGUAGAUACACGGUACAUGUGCUGAUUGGAGAACUUUACUACGUUUGUUUAACAUCGAAAGUGAACUGUCCCUCAUCAGCGAUAUGGGUAGAAUCGUGCUCUCAAAUAUUUUUGCAGAGACUACGAACAGUUUAUAGAGACUUACCGUUAGCGGAUUUAUCGAAAAAUUUAACCAAUUUCGCAGAAGAUAAUCUCUCAAAGCCAUUAAAGAAAAUAAUUGAAGAGUAUAAUCAGGGUAUCGGUUGUAAGAAUCUGACUUCAAAGUUAGAGGAAGAAUUGAUUGAAGUGCGUUGCAUUUUGAUGAAUGGAGUUCAAAAGUUGAUUGAUAGGGGCGAAAGAUUGGACGAACUCAUCCGAAAAACGCAGAAUCUCGAAAUAUCGGCUUGGUUCCGUGGUAUCAUUACUCGCAAUCAUCUGCGUAAACUUCACGAAAAGGCGACAAUUCUACAACGUCAUUGGCGAGGUUACUAUACCAGGAUGUUCAUCAUUAAUCAGUAUUUAGUCGAACGUGUUCACCAGAUGCGGCAAGAUCAUUACAAUAACAUGGCAACGAAAAUCCAAGCUGUUUGGAGAGGCUAUUGGUCUAGAAAAACAAAAAUUAACUUUUUACAGUUGCAACGAUGGUUGAAAAAUGUUUAUAUAAAGAACAAUGAAACUUUAGAGAACAUGAAAAGAUUUAGACAACGAGAGCUCGAGCAUGCGGAAAGUUUGACUGAACAAGAAGCAAUGCUCUGGAUUUUAUUUAUUUUGUUUAAGGUAAAAUAAUAGAAUUAAUUGUAAGCAACAUUAGCUCUUUGUAUAUUCAGAUAUGUACACUUUGCUGUUUACUAUAUAAUUUAAUAUCAAACAUUGCUUAUGCAUUAUGUUCUUAAAGCUGCAUCACCUGCUGAGAACAAAGUGCCGUCCAGGUGUCAUCACAAGAAUCGAUAAAACUCGCUUUAUAUACAUCGAAGAAAUGUUAAAGUGUCUCGAAUACAAUCAAUAUAUUGUGAAAUCAAAAACUAUUUGCAAAGAUUGUCAGAUCGAUCGUAAGCCUUCCUUAAUUUUUCGGGGCACUUAUUUUGAGAAAUUUGAGAAAGAAAUACGUGAGUUUGAGAAAAGUUUGAGUUCUGGAAACAUGUACAUUUUCAAAAGUAUAGUUGAUCAAUAUUAAAUCAAUUAUAUGAUUUUUGUAAUAAAAUAAUCUCACAAUUUUAUACGAGCAAAAAAAUGCAUAUACCACCGCUUCACAAUUUUA